AUGAACCCUCAUAAAGAAGGCCUAGAGAUUUUCUACUUGACCCUGCUUUUGUUUGGAGUCUUGGGAAAUAUGUUCCUUCUUUACCUACAUAGCCUGAAGUUCAUCACCGCUCAUAGGAAAAGACCUAUUAACCUGAUAAUAAUCAACUUGGCCUUAGCUCAUGUCCUGAUGAUUAUUUUCAGAGGAAUCACCAUAAUAAUAAAUGUGUGGGCAUGGAAAUCUUUCCUGGAUGACAUGAUUGGUAAAAUCUUAACUUACUUAAUAAGAGUGACUCGGUGUAUUUCCCUUUGCCAUACCAGCUUCCUGAGUGUCUUCCAGGCUGUUACCAUAAGUCCAAAUAGUCAGAUGUGGACAGAGAUCAAAAUUAGGGCUUCAAAAUAUGUUGUUCAAAAUAUGUUCCCUUUGCUCUGCUGGAUUUUCAAUAUUCUGAUAGAUGUCAUAGUGGCUGUGAACAUAAGUGAUCCAAGGAACAGCAGUAAUGAAAGAUGGAGGAUUGGGCAUAGCUCUUUUGAGUGGCAUGACAAAAAUACUAUAAAAAUUCUGACAUGGAAAUCAGUUGUUGACGCUUUGUUUAUGGGUCUCAUGAUCUGCUCAAGUGUCUAUAUGGUGUCCGUACUCUAUAAACACAAAGAACUAGUUCAACACAUUCACAGCAUGAGCCUCUCACCCAGAGCCUCCCAUGAGAGCAGAGCCACGAAAGCCAUCCUGAUGAUGGUGGGCAGUUUUGUUUGCUUUAACUCAGCCAGCUCCCCUUUUGUCAUAUAUAUGGCUUCUUCUAAUGCAAGUAGGCACUGGGGGCUACGUUUUACUAUUCUCCUAUCCCUGUUUUAUCCAAUAGUCAGCCCCUUUAUGUUGAUCGGCAUUGACACCCAAAUACCUAGGUCUUUGGAUGUUUUUUUAGGUUUAAGAAGGUUCUGUCAGAAAGAACUCUCUUUUGAUGAGAAUUUUUGGGGAGAAUUGGAAAAAAUGGGCACAAGGUGGAUUAGGCCAUCUACUCCUUUCCUCUCCAGGCUGCAUGGAAGAUUCCUCUCCAUAGGACUUUCCCUACAUUAG